AUGACAAGAACCCUGGAAGUCAUGACUGCUUCACGACUUCUCCCUGCUCUCGCUCUUGUGCUUCUCCUGCUUAAAGGGAGCAGAGCCUGGUCUUACAACGCCUCCACAGAAAUCAUGACUUUCGACGAAGCUAGUGCGUAUUGCCAGCAACGGUACACGCAUCUGGUCGCGAUUCAAAACCAGGAAGAGAUUCAGUACCUGAACUCCAUCUUGAGCUACUCGCCAACUUACUACUGGAUUGGAAUCAGAAAGGUCAACAAUACGUGGACCUGGAUAGGGACCCAGAAGCCUCUGACCGAAGAAGCCAAGAACUGGGCUCCUGGUGAACCGAACAAUAAGCAAAGCAAUGAGGACUGUGUGGAGAUCUACAUCAAGAGAGACAAGGACGCGGGCAAGUGGAAUGAUGAGAGAUGUAGCAAAAAGAAGCUUGCCUUGUGCUACACAGCUGCCUGUACCCCCACAUCCUGCAGUGGCCACGGCGAGUGUGUGGAGACCGUCAACAACUACACGUGCGAGUGCUACCCCGGCUUCAAGGGACUCAGGUGCGAGCAAGUGGUGACCUGUCAAGCGCGGGAAGCCCCCGAGCAUGGAAGCCUGGUUUGCACCCACCCUCUGGGGACCUUCAGCUACAAUUCUUUUUGCUCUGUCAGCUGCGAAAAGGGCUACCUCCCAAGCAGCACAGAGGCCACGCGGUGCACGUCCACGGGAGAAUGGAGCGCCCCCGCUCCUGCCUGCAAUGUGGUCGAGUGCGAUGCUCUGACAAAUCCUGCCAACGGAGUCAUGGACUGUUCCCAAAGCUCUGGAAACUUCCCAUGGAACACGACUUGUGCCUUUGAGUGUGAAGCAGGAUUUGAACUAAUGGGAUCCCAGCGCCUGCAGUGUACCUCAUCCGGGAAAUGGGACGACGAGAAGCCAACGUGUAAAGCUUUUCAGUGCAAAGCCUUGUCCCGCCCUGAGAGAGGCUACGUGAGUUGUCUUCCUGCUGCUUCUGGAAGUUUCCAAAAGGGGUCCAGCUGUGAGUUCUUCUGCGAACAGGGGUUUGUCUUGAAGGGAUCCAAAAAGCUCCAGUGUGGCCCUACAGGCGAAUGGGACAGUGAGGAGCCCACGUGUGAAGCUGUGAAGUGUGAUGCCGUCCGGCAGCCCCAGCGUGGCUCUGUGACAUGUACCCAUUCCCCCGCUGGAGAGUUCACCUACAAGUCCUCCUGCGCCUUCAGCUGUGAAGAAGGCUUCAAAUUGCGUGGGUCAGCUCAAGUCGAGUGCACAUCUCAGGGCCAGUGGACGCAGGAAGUCCCCUCCUGCCAAGCCGUACGAUGUUCGGGACUGGCAGCGUUGGGAAAAAUGAACGUGAGCUGUGACGGGGAGCCCGCGUUUGGCGCUGUGUGUGCGUUUGUGUGUCCUGAGGGGUGGACCCUCAACGGCUCCGCAGCUCUGACGUGCGAUGCCACGGGACACUGGUCCGGAACGCCGCCUACCUGCGAAGCUCCCACUGAGUCCAGCAUUCCCUUGGCUGUGGGACUCACCGCCGCUGGGACCUCCCUCAUGACGGUAGCAUCAUUUGUCCUCUGGCUUCUGAAACGCCUGCGGAAGAGAGCAAAGAAAUUUGUUCCUGCCAGCAGCUGCCAAAGCCUCCAAUCAGAUGGAUCCUACCAGAUGCCUUCUGAGUCCCCUUAA